AGCCACUGCCAAGAUCUUCAGCCAGCGCCAUGAUUCCUGAAGCCUGCAAGACACUAAGCAUUUCUUCAGGUACUCACCUUGGCUCUUUUCUGGAAAGGCUUCGGGCCUGGACUUUGUCCAGCGAAGAGCGACUGCGGAGAGCCGAAAGUAAGGUCUUAGAAGGUACGAAGUGCAAAGUCCACGUGACUGAUGUGCCUGUCAAAGAUGGAAGCAUACACACGCUGAGUAUAUCUCCAAGUUCAAGUGGAAGAGCACCAGUGGUCCUCGUCCAUGGAUACUUCAUGGGAUCGGCCUCCUGGGCACAUAGCUUUGAUGCCUUGGCCUCUAGCGGGCGCAAUGUCUAUGCCAUCGACUGGCCCAGCUGGGGACUCUCCUCUCGGUCGUCCUUUCCGGCGGGGCAGGGUAUCGAUGCUUGCGAGCAGUUCUUCGUGGAUGGCAUAGAGAGCUGGCGAAAGUCUGUUGGCCUCGAACGUGUGGUUUUGUUGGGCCACAGCUUUGGAGGCUACUUUGCCGCUUGCUAUACGAUGAAAUACCCCCAGCACGUCGAGAAACUCAUCCUCGCGAGCCCGGUGGGUAUGAUGGGUAAGCAACCCGACGCUGGAUUUUCCGAAGAUCGUCUGAAGUCUUUGCCCUGGUGGCAACGCUUUCUCUUCUAUCGAAUCAAGAGUAUGUGGGAAGGAGGUUGGACGCCCAUGGAUUUCGUCCGAGUCCUUGGACCCUUGGGUCUUUGGCUCACAGACUGGUACAUGGAUCGCCGCUUUCGGCACGCCCGAGAGCUGGGCACCAUGCAACUGGAUUCUUCAGCCUUUGCCCAGUACCUCCAUGCCUUGGCUCGCCGUUCUCCGGGCUCAGAGCGCUGCUUGGGCGCCUUGUUGGACUUUGGGGCCUGGGCGAAGCACCCGGUGGCACCGCGCCUCGUGGAGCAGCUGCAACGCGAAGUCGGCGAAGUUCCGGUGACGCUCCUGUAUGGGGACACAGAUUGGAUGGAUGCACGUGCUGGGGCCUGGCUGGUUAGGGAGCUGGGCAAAAGCUACCCCACAGAGAUGUUGGUCAUCGAGAACGCAGGACAUCAGAUGUUCCUUGACAACCCACUGGCCUUUGAUGCUGCCUGUCGUCGAGCCUUAGAGCUCCGUGGCUCAAGUUUGCAGUUGUUUGCUGAGCACAGCAUGCUGCGCAUGUUUCUGGGAAUCUCAUUGUGCUGCUUGCUGGUCAAGCCUCUGACAGCCUCCAGCAUUGUGAAGGAUCAGUCGAACCGGUUGAUGCGUGCAGUUGAAGCCGACGGCAACGUGCACUUGCCCUUAUGAAGCGUUGGCAGCAUUCAAAAUUCGUGUAAGCAUUUCUAGAUCUAGCCUAGUGCACCCGGAUUCUUUCACAGAUUCUUUCACAUGUACCUAAUAGCGAUGGCCUCCAACCUACUAGCGAUGGCCUGCUAGCCUCGUGCACCCGGAUUGAACACAAUGCCAAACUGUACUUGGGAAGGUCACCCACCAAGCCAUGCGUUUUGAUCACGGGCAAGCCACUUGAGGCAGCGGCACCUCUGUUGAUGCUUGCGAUCCUUCAAUGCCAGAUCCACAGUGCACCGCAAGGUUCGUUUGCGACGAGAAGUCCUGUAAUAUUUGCAGACGAAUUGAGGAUCAAUGUGUGAAGGACCAGGAAUGCAAACAAUAAACCUUGGAAUACGAUUAGGGAAUCAUCAAACAUGUAUUAAAUGAC